GAACGUGGAUGAGGUCAUGGCCAAGCUUCACAUUCCAACUGGGCAUUCUAUGAGCGAACGGACACGUAAACAUGAACUUUGAUCAAAGAACUUGCUAAGGAUCUCGGAUGCAAGUGCAUCAGACCACAUACAUAUCAUUUAUUCCGUCAGUACAUCUUAUCUUCGCUAGAGAUCAUGAGUAAAGGCAAAAUAUUUGUAACCGGUGGAGCUGGGUACGUUGGCAGUCACACGAUUCUAGAGAUUCUGAAUGCUGGCUACGAUGUUGUCGCAGUGGACAAUUUCAUCAACGCUCAUCCAGCAAGAGAUGGAGACAUUCCAGAAAGCUUACGUAGGGUACACGAACUCACAGGCAAGAGGAGCAUUUUCUAUAAACUGGAUCUGCUCGAUGAAGAAGGCCUAGACAAAAUUUUUGAGAAGCACAAGUUCGAUUGUGUGAUCCACUUUGCUGCAUUGAAGUCCGUGGGAGAAUCGUGGAAAAUUCCUUUGGACUAUUAUCGAAACAACAUGGUCAGCACCAUCAACCUGAUGGAGGUGAUGAAGAAAUACGAUGUACGUCAGCUUAUCUUCUCAAGUUCGUGCACAGUCUAUGGAGUUCCGCAGUAUCUGCCGCUGGAUGAAGACCACCCCACUGGUCGCAACUGUACCAACCCAUACGGCAGGACAAAGUAUUUCAUCGAGGAGAUGCUGAAAGAUCUCUUUUCGUCGGAGGAGGGCUGGACGAUCGUGCUGCUGCGUUACUUCAACCCAGUUGGGGCGCACGAAACUGGAUACAUUGGUGAAGAUCCGCAGGGGAUACCAAACAAUCUCAUGCCCUAUGUAAGCCAAGUAGCCAUUGGAAAGCUUCCGGAACUUUCAGUGUAUGGCAAUGACUUCAAGACCAAAGACGGCACAGGUGUCAGAGAUUACAUCCACGUCAUCGAUCUUGCCAAAGGUCACGUUGCCGCACUGGACAAACUAGUCACAAAAGAAAUUUCAGGCUGCAAGGCUUACAACCUGGGCACAGGCAAAGGCUAUUCCGUGCUAGAUGUGGUGAAAACCUUUGAGAAGGCAACAGGGACAAAAGUGCCUUACAAAAUAGUGGGUCGUCGUGCGGGUGACGUGGAUGAGCUGUACGCAGUGCCUGAGCUGGCAGAGAAGGAGCUCGGAUGGAAAGCAGAAAGAGAUCUCUUCCAAAUGUGCAAGGACAUGUGGCACUGGCAGACACAAAAUCCAAGAGGCUUUGUGGACUGGAGCGGAGCUGGAGAUACACCAAGUUGAUGCACUGGAUAUGUAGUGCCUUGAGUCCGUCUGAUUUACAGGGUGUUUUGGUUUUCCUUUCACGUGUGGGCAUUUAGCUGGAUUUUGUUCUCGUCUGUUAUCUAGUCAGGCAACACCUAUUUUGUAACUACAGCUACAGGGUUACAAGUUUAUUUUUUAUCAGCCCUGUGUUGUGCCAAAUUCGCUUGUUUUUCGUAUACAUGUAAGCAGAUUGGCCAUGCCUGUAGUGCUUAUUUUUGGAAUAAAAUUAUUUUUCUGUUAAA